UAGUUUCAUCUGCAGUAGAUCAUUUGCAUAAUGGUAAGCAAAUUGCAUAGCACAUUUAACUGCCAAAUUAUUACUGAAAAGGCUUUGAGCAAUCUUAGUAUUUCAUUACACUUACCUUUGAACAAAAACACUGUAAAUGACUAUUUAAGAAACUUAAACAUUAUAACUUUCUAUAUAUAUCCUAUCCCUGCUGAAAUAAAUCAAUAGAAAUCAUAAAAUUUUGAUUGAACGGUUAUUGUACUGGUUUGAAUGGAAACUGCACAUUGGUCUCUUACUGGCAUUGUGUUGGCUUCUAUUGGUGAGAUGUUAUCUGGCAAAUGGGACCCAAUAUAACCUAUACUGGAAUGAGGCCUGAAACACACUACAUAAAGGCAUUUUGUAAUGAUUUUAAUGGUAAACUGUUUCAUACACUUUAAAAAUGCUAGGUAAAUUAAAUUAAAUUAAACUAGAAACUAAACUAGUAAAUGUCCAUAUUUGACCCAACCAUGGGUUGAACAAACCCAGAAUAUUCAUUAGACAGUUAUAUUUAUAAUGCAAACCUUAAAGAUAAAUAAAUAACCACAAAUCUCGUACCACACUAACCACUGGUGCAAGGUUUUAAAACGCUCAUAUCAUUAUAUCUAAUCAUUUUACGCUGUCAGCACAACUGCCAAUGUCAGUGGUGUGUAACAGUCUUCAGUACAACACAACGGUAUGUGACUGUACUGUAUAGUUCCCAUUACACACACACAAACACACAGAGAGUAGCACAUCUUCCUCUUACCGCUUCCGCCAGUUAACUGCGCGUCAUGACUCGGCAGCAAAGUUUGCGUUGGCGGCACAAAAAUCGACCAUGGCUGUGAAUCUCACAUGCAAUGUUUUUAGUUGUGUGACAGACACCACAGAAAAUGUAAAUUCACACCAGGAGGGUGAACUGCCAUGAGAAUGGAGUGAUCUGGGCGCGUUUUAAGCACUUUCAGUGAUGGAGAGUCCGUCGAAGAUUGAGAGGCGGCAGGCGUGGGCGCGCAGCACCCGCCGCAAGUUUACCGUAAGAGAAACGGAAAACCUUGAUCCUCAUCUUCAUGCGUCCCUUCAGGAUGACGUCUUUAUGGAUGGAUGCUCUGCAGGAAAGAUUGAAACCUGGCUUCAAGGUUGUGGGAAUGACGCCAGUCAGGCGAAAAACAGUCACCAGACAGUAGGUCCUUUGAGGACAGGUGCCAGCUUUGAGGAUGAUCUGAGUCUGGGAGCCGAGGCUACUGCACUGUACACUGCAUCAAAUGUGUCACAGUUUAGCACACGUCAACAGAAACUCAGCCUGCCAUUGCUUAACAUGGGCCAAAGCGUCGCAUCCAGUGCCCUCUCGGCCGCUACCAGCAGGACUGUUUCCAGCGUGAACGAUGUUCUUCAGAUGCGGGCUGAAGAUGCAGAAGAUACUCUCUAUCAGCUGGGCUUCGGUUGCGAGGAACCGCAGGUGACCGCCCGCAUCCCACUCCGAUUCUUUAACUUCCCAUCCCAGCUCCGAGGCAUCAAUUUCCGCCUCUUCCUCGAGUCCCAGCUCUCCAGGAUACACCAGGAAGAUCCCUGUCUCUCAUUAGCAAGUCGCUUUCGACAAGUAGAGGCGUUGACGGCGAUGGCCAACGCUUUUUAUUCGUUAUACUCGCACGUAUCUCGAACGCCGCUUCAGAAGCUCGCCCCGCCCCAGUUGACCCUCACCUCACCAAUCACAGAGAGGACCAUGUUUCGAUCCAGCGUCCGCAGCGAACCGCGAUCCCCCGUCGAAAGACUGAAAGACACCAUCUCAAAGAUGUGUUUGUACACCGGUUCCCGCGGCUCAGAUUCGGCUUCUCCGAACGGUUCACCGCGAAAGCGUAAAAGCUUGUCGGACAAAACCGAGAGCUGGAACGUCAAUGCUGAUGAUCAGGGUACAAUUCCAGACCUUGAUAUGGAAGUAGAUGAUUUGGAAAAAGAUAUGGACUGGUAUACAGAGACGUUUGAACUGAGGGGUGCUGACACCGAAGAUGUACCUUUACCAGAUUCAGGAGAAAAGGAAAAAGUAACACUGGCUACAAUAUCAGACUGCACACAAUGUGACAAUGAAAUGGAGUCUGAAGGUUCCAAUCUGCCUUCUGUUUCUUUAAAGAACACGAGUGUUACCAUGGUACCCGUUCCUGUCGUUACCCAUGACGUCAUACACCCUCAGGUCAUUGAAUAUGUGAAUCAAGCACCUUAUCACUGCACAGAUGUCAGAGACUCACAACCUUCCCUUAAACAGUCUAACUUAAUGAAUUUAACCAUCACAUCACAAGAUGACCAGGCUGCCGCUCCACACGAUGCACUUUCUGAGAAUCGUACAGGUGACCUUUCAUCCGAGCAUGCAGUCGCCCCACAAAACUCAUUAUGUCAGAUAACAGUCACCGGAUGGGAAGGCGAUGCCAUCCUUCCCAACAGAGACGCACAGGAGAUGUGUUCAUUCCACGUCCAAAAGCAGUUAAGCCCAAUGAAACUACUUAACCUGAGCAGGUUAAGUCAAUGCCCAAAACAAGGAAACUCUUUUGAGCUGGAGGAGGUACACAGCGCAGAAGAAGAGGAAGCAACUUCAUCAGAACUCAGUCCCACAGUCACAUUGUGUGUUUCAACACAUCACCAAAAAUCUUCACCCUUACGAGGAGACAGUUUCCAGUCAGACAGCAGUGGAUUUGCUGAAGAGGAUUUUCCUCAUUGCCUGUCCGUACCUGAAAAACGUAUUGUCACUAAAGUAACGUCAGACGCUCAGCAAGACCAAGAGUAAAUUUCCUCCUUUGAUCUUCAUCGCAGAAGACUUUUGUCGGACCUUGUAUUAGCUGUUGACUUGAAUGUUAUUUUCAUAUGG